CCGACUCCGCUCCUGCCAGAUAUGGUGAACCCCACCACCAGAAGGCUGUCAGCGCGCAUUUCUAUUUGGUAAGAGAGAAAGAGCAGUAAAGAUCCGGCGGGGCAGAGCGCGUAGGAGACAGGAGGCAGUGAGCGCGCGCCACAGUGGGAGCAGAGCGAGACUCCAGUGGAGGGACGAGAGCCAACUUGAGCGGGCACAUCGCUGCGCAAAGCCGCAGAGGGGGAACUGCUUCCACGCGCAGGGCGCACAGAGAGAUUGAAAAGUGGAGUGUGGAUGAAGCUGAACUGGCGCGUGGGAGUCACUGAUGGACUGACAGAGAGCAGAAGGAGGAGAAGGGGAACUGUGCCGGGGGCGCAGGGAAUUGACUCUCAUGCUGAUGGAAAGUUCUUAACUAUGGAUCCGUAUUGUUGAGCGCGAGUUUGUAAAGUGUUCGGAUCAGUCACAGGCUACCCUCUUAACUGGAUGCUAUUAUAAAAGAAUCAUAGCGCGUUUGUCUGUCCGGUGGUUCUGAUCCUGGUGUCGCGGUGGACCAGCGCUGCCACACAGACGGAGCAAGACGCUUUCCGCUGAAAGUCGCCGUGCAGGGCUGCUAUAAUGUCUUCACUAUACCUCAUCUUCUGCCUUAUGGCCACAGCAGCCACUCAAGCUGCCUACUUCUCUCAGCAGCCCCAAGACCAGGUGGUGGUGUCAGGCCAGUCAGUGACUCUACCUUGUGUCAUUGUGGGAUACAGAGGAAUGGUACAGUGGACCAAAGAUGGCUUGGCACUGGGUGGAGAAAGAGACUUACCAGGCUGGACGCGGUAUUCCUUAAUGGGCGACCCGCUAUCAGGCGAGCACAGCUUGCUGAUCGAUUCAGCGGAGUUGGCGGAUGACGCGGUGUAUGAGUGUCAGGCUACACAGGCGGGGCUGCGCUCGCACCGCGCCAAGCUCACUGUACUAGUUCCUCCCUCUGACCCUGUGGUGGAAGGUGGCCCUGUUGUACGUCUGAAGGCCCACACACCACACAACCUCACCUGCAGAGCCUCGGGAGCCAAACCUGCUGCUGAGAUCACCUGGUACAGAGAUGGAGAGGUCAUGGAGACUGCAAUUUAUUCCAAGACAUUAAUGCAGGAUGGUAAGAGGGAGACAGCUGUCAGCAUGCUUCCAAUCAUCCCAGAAGAUAGUGACACUGGACGCACCUACACCUGCAGAGUUCUCAACCCAGCUGCUCCUGCCGGACGACAGACAUCAGUCACUAUUAAUGUCCAACACCCUCCUUCAGUGACGUUAUCCGUCCAACCGCAGACGGUGACAGAGGGAGCCAAAGUCCUCUUCCUCUGCUCUGCUUCAGCCAAUCCUGAGAUCACAGGAUACAGGUGGUCAAAAGGAGGAGUGCCCAUCUCUGAGGCGAAUGGGGACAGUCUUGAGGUGACAGUGGACUACUCUUACUUCACAGACCCCAUCUCUUGUGAGGUGUCCAACUCUGUGGGCAGCACCAAUGUUAGCACCCUGGUAGAUGUGCAAUUUGGCCCCAGACUUCUUUCGGAACCCAAGCCGAUGACGGUGGAUAUAGGGAUGGAUGCAGCCUUCACUUGUGCAUGGACAGGAAACCCUCCUCUGACCCUGGCUUGGACAAAGCAGGGCUCCAGCGUGGUGCUCAGUAAUGGUAACACCCUGCAGCUGAAGGCUGUUACCCAGGAGGAUGCUGGAACAUACACCUGCAAGGCCAUUGUUCCCCGCAUUGGAGUUGCAGAAAGAGAUGUCACUCUAACUGUGAAUGGUCCACCCAUCAUCACGGCAGAUGCUACACAGCAUGCAGUCAAGCACUCCAAGGGCAAGUUGGAGUGUCGGGUGGGAAGCAGCCCCCCACCCGAUAACAUUGUGUGGACCUUUGGCGACAUGACUCUGUCUUCUGGUUCCUCUGGUCGUUACUCGGUGCAGACUGUGACCAGUGACCGUGGGGUCUUCUCCUCUUUGGUGCUAUCGGAGACGCUGGCACAGGAUUUCCAGAUGCGUUAUAAUUGCACAGCCUGGAACCGUUUUGGAACCGGCACGGCAUUGGUCACACUAGAGGAGCAAGAGGCCUUGCCCACACUGAUAAUUGUCGGUGGAGCAGUCGGUGGAGGGUGCGUCUUGCUCAUCUGUGUCAUCACGGUGGUCUCCCUGUGCUGCAGGCACACAGGCAAAGGUGAGCUCAAUGGUAAAAGGUGCACACGUCUCUCCAAGAGUGACAUCCGAGUUCAGAUUGUUCACAGUGAUCACAAUGCCACACGAGGCAACGAUGAUGAGGAGGAUGUCAAAGAACCCAUGAAAUGCUUGGUCUUCCCUCAGGCUCCCAACAGCAGUGAGUCUCCAGGGACAUCGCGCACAGAACACAGCGACCUCUUAGAGGAGGAGGACGAUGAAAGAUCCGACAUUAAGGACCCUACCAAUGGCUACUACAAUGUACGAGGCCAUGAUGACCGCAACAUCCGCAGCGGUGGAUUCUCCGAGUAUGUGCCCAACUCUCGGCCAGUCUACACUCCUUCGCAAUUGCCCUCUCCCAGCCCAGUGUACGGUCAGCAUGGCACUCAGCCUCGAAUCUACGAGUUCUCCCAGAGAUACUCUACUAAUACAGUGAGCAGAUCCUCGUACGAACAGCAGCAAGCUGGCCAGCAACAGCCUGCCCAACCAGCCAGCAUAUAUCCUACUGAUCCCGUCUACAGCAGCUCAGCGUAUCUACCUGCUACGUAUGGUCGUGCCUUUACCAGCUAUGUCAAGCCUGCUUCCUAUGAGAAGGUGGAUGCUUAUGACCAAUCAGAUCAGGCCAGCAAGGUGUCUAGCUCGUCUCGCUUUUCUUAUGCCUCCUCACAAGUAUCCUCACAGCAGUCCGACUUGGGCCGGCCCUCCCAACGCAUGCAGACUCACGUGUGACUGGACAAAAGAUGGGGAGGUAAAAAAGAAACAAGAGAGAAGAUAAUCAUAGCCACUCUCACAUAUUUGUGUGGUUGGACUAAUAUGAAUGGAUAAUUUUACUUACACAGCCCUACAAGGACUUGAUUGCACGAAGUUGUGGGGAGUUAUGAUUUAAGUUUUGGGAUAAGCAACCAAUCAACGAUGGAUGACGGGAUCUAUCGUGCUGCCCGCAGAACUCCUGCACUAGAAAAUUAAGCCAAUUGCUAAAGAGUCAAAAAAAAAAAAGAAAACAAUGUGAAACCUCAUCUGAUUUACGAUGUGCAAGUGGACAGCCCAAGAGAAAAAUCAGAAGCAUCUCCUGAAUUUGGGUGGACAAGAACAGUUUGGGUUUUGACUGCCUUUCAGUGUUCGAUUCAACACUGUCAAACCUGGCCUUUUUGAAUACUUUGAGGACGUUACAAGCCAAGACAUACUAGAGGAAAUAAGACUAUAUUAACAGCCCUUUGUUGUUUGUCAUUUGGUGUCUUGUUGGCAUGCGAAAGGAAUUCUAAGCACAUUAGUGUCUAUCAUCAACAGAAGACUGAACUAUCCACAGAGAUGGGCAUAAACAAUUCUGCACAACUGGCUUGCUGACAAGUGCUACAGGCACUGUACUGUAAGAAGAGUGAUCAGCAGCUGAAUUCUUCUUGCCCCAACUGUAUUUCUGGAGCAUCUUGUGAAAAUUGUUCAGGUUUUUGGUUAUAAAAUGUUGUUUACCAGUUGAUAAAGGAGGAAGCCACAAAGAGAAUGUGUACUUUAGCCCUCAUUGUAUUAGAGAGCUUUUAACUGUAUACCAAUAUGGUGGACAAGGUAAGGUUGUGACAUCCCAAAGAUGGUGAUAAGGUUCCAAACUGGGGCGGCUAAAGCUAAAACACUGCUGUUCUAACCCCAUGUGUUGUUUACUGCUGUUAACCAGUUCUAAAAAUUAUUAAAUUACUACCAGAACAAUCAAGUGUUGUUUGGAAAAAAAGGUGGCAAUCUGGAACUGAACUAAACUUGAAUGCAGCGUCAAUUUCAGCAGGCUCAGGUGGAGUGAGGCGUUUAAAGCCGUUUUAAUGUGGAUCACACGCUCAAGUUUCAUUUUGUCUUGGUAUGUUUACAAGAAACAGGACUACCCUAAAAAGUCUAAAAAUCUGUACAAAAAGGCUAAACCCAUGGUUUCUCUUUGUUGCAUGCAAAAUGAUAUGUCUUGUGAAAGCUCUUCUGCGUUUCUAUUCCAUGUCCAUUUCAUGUUCGAGACAUCAGUUUCUGCACCUGAUCCUGUUGCAUUCCACUUUCUGGAUAUGUCAGUAUGGACGCCUGUACUGCCAUUUGUCUACAAACGCUGUUAUCAGGCAGCCUAAAAGAGAACAAAUUUCACUCAAGGUGAGGUGACAAACAUCAUUGCUUGUCUUUAUUUUUAUAUUUUAUAUAAGCCUUAAAGUACAGCGUGUAAGCUGCUCUAUUGUAUAGUAUCUUUAUAUACACAUGUAUCCAUCUUGGUUGAUUUCUUUUGGUUCCACUAAGUUUCCUGUCAAAGUUGUUCAUCAAUCAUUGAAUGCAGUUUUAUAUGCUUUUUUGUGGGGGAGGGGAAACAACUAAUUACCAUUUUUUGUUCAUUCUUUUAAUAAUGUAUUCAGAAUUUUAUUUGCUGAAAUGAACUAUUGUUGCUUGUACCUUUGUACACAUAUUUAUAUUUAAAUAAAACCAUUUCCGAUAAA